AUGUUUAGAUUAAAUAACUUUAUUAGAUAUAAUAGUAGUUGUAGCAUUAGAGGAUUCUUUACUCACUCUAGUAUAACAACAAUAACAACAACUAGAUGUACUUUAAAGUUAUCAACAACUAGUAAUAGUACCAUUAAUACUACUACUACUAGUUAUUUUGGUCAAAUCAAUAAUAAUAAUAGUUUAAUUACAACAUCAAGCAAGAUUAUUGUAGCUAGAGAAUAUUCUUCUUCCUCCAAGUCUAAACUACCAAUUAAAGAUGAAUUUGAAGAUCAAGAUGAUUAUGGUAUUGAUACAAUUGGUUUAACAUCACCAUCGUUAAAAGAAGCAUGUGAUUUGAUAGAUCAAGUUAGAAAUGGAAUGGAUGAUAUUACACCAGAGACAAUGGAAGAUGCACAUCAAGAUAUUGACAAGGCAUUUGAUUUAUUGGAAAGUGCAAUUGAAAAGGAUGAAGAUGGUGCUGCAGAGGAUGCAGUUGGACUAUUGUUGGAGGCUAAUCUUGUCAAAGCGAUGUUAUUGCAAGGUGAAGGUAAACAAGAGGCUAUUCACUUUUACGAGAAUACUGUUGCAUUGUUGGAUCAAUAUGGUGAACCUUAUGAAGGAUUCAGAGACGAGUGUGUACUUGGAAAGGCUGUUUGUCAUCUAGAUCUCGGUCAAUUACAAGAGGCCGGUCAAACAGUCGAUAUCCUUCUCAAAGAAGACCCAAAUAAUGUCAGUGCUCUAGUCAUCAAGGGUCGUGUCACUGGUGACAUUCGAUAUUUGGAAAAGGCCGGCCAAAUCGAUCCGACCGACAUACAAACACCAUUGACCGCAGGUCAUCUAUACGAAAUCAAAGGCAAUAAGGCUAAAGCUGCCGAAUGCUACGACAAGGCAAUCGAUCUACACACUGCCGACAGCGACCCCAAUCCAAUGUUGGCUGCAUGCCACUGGCUUACAACCUACCACUUGGCAUUAAAGAAUUACAAUGCAGUCUACCAAGUCAACCAACGUGCCAACAAAUUAUAUUCAUGUGCUCCACUCCUCAAAUCAAUGGCCGACGCCAAAUAUUUCCUUGGUGACUAUAACUCUUCACUUGAUCUUGUUAAUCAAGCUAUUAAAUUAAAUCCAGAAGAUAUUCAAGAUUAUGAAUUAUUAAAAGGACAAAUAUCAAUUAAACUUGGAUUGGCAAAUCAAGAACCAAAUGGAGUAUUGGCAAAUUAUUUGGAAAAGACACUUCAAGGUUUAAACAAGGCAAUCAUUGAAUCAAAACCAAGAUUCAUUGUUGGGAAGAAUGAAAGUUUGGUUCAAUUGGUUAAUGAUAGCAAGAGUAUGGAUCUUCAAUUUGAAGAGAUUAGAAAAUUAUCUCAACAAUGGGAACAAUUCUUCAAGACACAAUCACCAGAACAAACCAAACAACUUAGUGCAGCAAUGGAUCAUAUCAGUUCAUCAGUACAAUUAAUCAACCAAUUUAAACAAUUGGCAAUUAAAGAAGGUAAUCAAUCAACAACCAACAAUCAAGAAUUUAAUCAAUUAUUAAUUUCUUGUAGAAAUAUUAUUAAUAAUCUACCAAAAUAUAUUAAAUUUACCUAA